GGGGCAGCAAGAUAUUUGAUGAGAAUAAACGGAUUUUUCAUAACCCGUGACUUUUGUAAAAAGACGCCUUUUCAUUCAAGAAACGCUUCCGUAUCAUUGUACUCGUAUUACUCGUCAGGGGAAUAAAAUGGAGGGUCCCCUGCCUCUCUCCUCUCUGAGACUCCUGGUUCCUCCUCUGAGGGUGAUGUCAGCUGUCAUGUGGAAAGUUGUCUGUUUGAGAAACAUGAAGCAUUAUGGGAGAGUGGAAGAGUUUAUAUCCAUGGUAUCUGAGGUCAUCCCUGACCUCCUGACAGACGGACAGAUGAGGCUGCUAACUCUGGGCUUAAGAGCAAAGAUGACUUUACAGCUCUUAAGUUCUGACCAGACAGAGGAUCAAACAGUUGCUAAAGCUUGCCUGAGCUGCCUGCUGCCAUCCAGCUCAAAACAGCAGGUUCUACAAAGAGAUGAAGCUCUUGAACAGAAUUUUGUGAGGCUUGUUGAAAGACUCGUGGAAGACCCAAAAGAAAGAGGACAUUUCCUUGAGAACGUGUUUCCUGUGGAGUACGGGCCUGACUUUGAUUCAGCGCUGGAGAAUCUGCUUUGUGAGUUCCUCACCAGACUGGAAGAAAUGCUACAUAUACCAGACUUUAAGCAGACUGCUGUGUGGAUCAAUGAUGAAGUCUCUGUGCUGGAGGAGUGCAUGCAGUGUCCGUCCAGAGAAGACGACCUCAGGCUUCUUCUCAAAAGCAAGGCCUGCUGUGAUAAAAAGCCUGAGAUCUAUACCAAUGCCCCCUCUCAAUCCGAGCAGCGGCUUUUGUCAUCAUUAUCUCUGCCUCUCUCUAGGAAAGAGACUGGCACAAGAGAUGUGGAGUCAAAUACGCAAACAUUUGAAAACCAGAGUCCCAUUGAGGUGGUGGUGGUGAAGAUAGGAGACUGUGGAGAACAGGACACAGAAUGGCCAUCUGAGGUUGAGGAGUGCAGCAAUGCAGAUCAGACAACUGCAGAGAAAUGCAGUGAGGACGACGAAGAAGCCUUACCUCCCUUCCAAGUUCCUUCUACAUCUUCUCAGAGUCCUGCAUUGUCUGGCUCUGUUAUCAACCAACGUCCACGUCAGAGAGUUGCUCACAAAUGUGCUCAGUGUGGAAAGUGCUUCAUUUACCGAUGCGAACUAGUGGAGCAUCAGCGGGUACACACAGGAGAAAAUCCUUACAAGUGCUCUCAGUGUGGGAAGGCCUUCAGAAGGGCAUCUGAUUUGUCAGCUCACAGGAGGACUAAGUGCACAGAAGCAGCUUAUAUCUGUAUUAAAUGUGGGGACAGCUUUCAGACUGCACAGGACAAAUCAAAGCACAGAUGUGGGCAAAAGCUUGACUGUUCACAGUGUGGAAAGAGAUAUAGGAAUUUGCAGUUGUUGGGUAAACAUGAACUGACUCACACUCAAGGCCAGACCUAUACUUGCAGACAGUGUGGGGUGGUUUACUCCAGCAUAAGUGAGCUCAGGAACCACCAGAAGAUCCAUCCACCUCAGCUGUCCAACCAGUGCGGGCAGUGUGGGAAGUUCUUCAGCUCAGCUACCACUUUGGCAGCUCACGAGAUACGUCAUCAGCAAAAGAGGACAGAGGUGUGUCCAAGCUGUGGCAAGGGUUUUAAGAACAAACCGGAACUGAAAGUGCACAUGCGCAGUCACACAGGAGAGAGGCCGUUUGAGUGCACGUACUGUGGGAAACGUUUCUCCAUGUCUGGGAACUUGAAUAUACACAUAAGGAUUCACACUGGAGAAAAGCCAUUUCUAUGCUCUAACUGUGGUAAGACUUUUAUUUCAGCUGGUGAGCUGCAGAUUCACAGACGUACCCAUACGGGGGAAAAGCCGUACAAAUGCACUGUAUGUGGGCGGGCAUUCAUCAAGACGAGCAAACUUACACUCCACAUGCGCGUCCACACUGGGGAGCGUCCUUACGUCUGCUCAGAAUGUGGGAAGGGGUUUUCAAGUGGUGUUGAGUUGAAAAAUCACAACAUGACCCACACAGGGGUUCGACCAUACGCUUGUCAUCUGUGUGCAAAGACAUACACAUGCACCAGUCACCUAAAGACACAUUUGAAAACUCACAGUGUUGUUUAACAGCAGGCUGAAUCAACACUGAUGGCAUUUCACAGUUUUUGAACUAUAUGCUACUGAUGGUUUUAACUUUAUGAGCUGUAUAAAAUGUUUCACACUCCAUUUUGUAUGGAUUAUUUUGCUGAAGUUCAUACUUUUUCCUCAAAAUGUGUUGUCCUAUCUGUUUUGAUUGUAUCUUCUGAAAUUACUCUAAGUGUUGCUUAUUUUUUGUUAAAAUUUGGGUAUAUUUCUUUUGUUCUCAUUAGAUCUAACUCAUAUUGA